AUGGACCAGGGCUACUCGACGUUCGGCGCCGGCGGCGACGCCUCGGCGUCGGUCUGGCGCGGCCAGCCGCGAGGCCCCGACGGCCGGCGCUACCUGCCCGUGCCGCUGCAGCGCGGCCUCAGCGCCCCCGAGUACUACCCCGUCCAGGCCGACGCGCACCAACACCACCCCCGGCCCACCGUCUUCCCGCAACUUCGCCGCUGGCCGCAAGAAAUGAAAUUCCUCGGCUCUGAAAUUAACAAAGUUCACCAGCAGCGGCAGCCACCGCCUGCUCCACCCCAGGACGACGAGAAUGCAGGGGAGGAGAAUAGAGAGGAGGAAGAAUUGAAAGAGGAAGAGGAAGAAUUGAAAGAGGAAGAGGAAGAAUUGAAAGAGGAAGAGGAAGAAUUGAAAGAGGAAGAGGAAGAAUUGAAAGAGGAAGAGGAAGAAUUGAAAGAGGAAGAGGAAGAAUUGGAAGAGGAAGAGGAAGAAUUGGAAGAGGAAGAGGAAGAAUUGGAAGAGGAAGAAUUGGAAGAGGAAGAGCAUAGAUUCAGACAUUGUCAGAAAAAGAGUGGAGAGUGA